CGCGUUAAGAAAACAGAUCAAGUUUGGACCUUCAGACUAGCCGUAUGACAACAAAUAUGGCGUCUUCCUGUGAUGUUCAUGUCCGAGUAUGUGGCCAAGAAAUGAUCAAAUACGAUCUAGAAAUCAAAGCCCUUAUUCAGGACAUUAGAGAAUGUUGCGGCCCGCAGCCGGUUCUGAUGGAUCUGAACUCUACAGUGAAGGAAAAGUUCAACCAGUUAAGACAGAGAAUUCAGGACAUGGAACAGAUGGCCAAAGAACAAGAUCGAGAGACCGAUAAGCAAAAUAUCUUGAGUGAAACAGAAGGGCAUCGGAAGCAGAUGUUUAGUAACCAGGUGGCAUGGAGAAAGGCCAACCUGGCAUGCAAACUUGCCAUUGACAACUUGGAGAAUGAUGAACUCCUUCAUGGGGGAGAUUCUGUGAGGCAAAGGAAGGCCACUAAAGAGAGUCUGGUGCAGACGUCCGGUGACAUCACUGAGAAUCUGAUGAGCAUCAGCCGUAUGAUGUCACAACAGGUGCAGCAGAGCGAAGAGACCAUUAGCACUCUGGCUACAUCUUCAAGAACUGUACUGGAGACAAAUGAAGAGUUUAAAUCUAUGACAGGAACCAUCCAUUUGGGGAGAAAACUGAUUCUGAAAUAUAAUCGCCGUGAGCUGACCGACAAACUGCUGAUCUUUUUAGCAAUCGCUCUGUUUCUGGCUACGGUGCUCUACAUUCUGAAGAAAAGGCUUUUCCCCUUUAUUUAGAAGAAAAAAUAACCAUCUCUGCUACCAACCACUUUCCUUAAUGUGCUCCGCAAAUGUUUCAAUUAAGACUGGCUCCAUGAGUUUAAUGGUAAACCUGGCGUGUCCUGCAGAAUGACUUGGAGGAAUUCUUUGCUCAGGGAACAGAAGCACAUUUAACCACAGGACUGCUUAUUGUAUUAACUAAAUUGCAUGAUAACCAUUGAACUAUCCUUUUGUAGAUUUUACACAAUGCCAAUAUAUUGAAGUUCUUAGUUUUUAUUAACAGGUGCGGAAAUACUCAACACAAAGGAGGGUUAUUAAAGUUAAUUUAAACAAUCUCAGCUUACUAAUGUAGAAAAUAGAAGCGUACUCAUUCUAUUUAAAUAUUUUAUUUUAGCUCAAUUGCAAUCAACAUUGUUCUUUGGAAAAACUUACAUUGUUUUAUAUCUCCGUUUUAAAUGUAACUCUGUUGGAAAUCUUCAUGAAUUAAAAGGGGAAAAAACGUAGUUUUGCAACACCGAAGAUGUACCUUUAUACUACUCUAAUUCUGUAAUUAGACAUCAGAAUGUAAUGGAAAUGACAAUUUGGCCUCUUUCAACCUUGAAGAUUAUCAAGUUUUUGAUGUAAGUAUAUGCCAUGGUGACUUUUAUGAAACAUCAUUAUUUUUGGCAAUAGCAUCUUUACAUUUCACUUUACAGACAAGACAAAAAUAUGAAAGUCUUUUUUAAAGACUUUUAAAAAACUUUUUGCACUUGACAUUUGUUAUAUUUAACUAAAUUAAUUAACAUGAAUUUUAAUUGUCAUCAUGUUGAUAAGAAAAAUCUUAUUCAUGUAAUGCAAGAAAAACAAUAACAUUGAGAAAUAAAAACAGUUGAAGAUG